GGCGCUCUGCUUCUUAUCCGUUAGCGGAAGCGUGCGCAGUGAUAAAGGAAGUUCUUGGUUAUUUAGAACUCUGAUCACUGACUGUUAAGACUUUUUGUUUGGUUCUCUGUGUAGAAACACAAUUUAACUAUUUUUUAAUCGACGAGCGGUAUAAGCUGCACUUGGUCUGCUUAUAAAAAUGGGUCGGAGCCGCAGUCGAACGCCUAGACGAGAGAGAAGACGAUCUCGCUCUACUUCACGUGAGCAUGAGCGAAGGCGGAGGGAGAGGGACCGCUCUCGCUCUAGAGAUCGGGAGCGAGACCGACGCAGAUCUCGUUCACGUUCUCCACACAGGAGGCGUUCAAGGUCUCCCCCUAGGCGUCACCGCUCUUCCUCGUCGUCUCCCAUGAGACAGAAGGACAGACGUGAUGAUGAGCGCAAAGAAGUGAAAGACAAGUCUUCAAAGCCCAUCCAGAUCUCAGCGGAGGACAUGCAGGGCAAAACGGAGGAGGAAAUUGAAAUGAUGAAGUUAAUGGGAUUUUCUUCGUUUGAUUCUUCUAAAGGGAAGAAAACAGAUGGAUCAGUUAAUGCAUUUGCCAUCAACGUUAGCAUGAAGAGAAAGUACAGGCAGUACAUGAACAGAAAGGGAGGAUUCAACAGGCCGCUGGAUUUCAUCGCUUGAAAAUGUCACGCUGCAUUUCCUCCUUUUUCCAGCAAGGGGAGGACAUGGAUUACAUGCUGUUAAAUGUGAUGCAGCAGUUCUGUGUAUAUAUUAUCACUCAACAUGUAGCUGUUCCUUCAGUUAUUUAGUUUUUGUUGCUGUGCUUUUUACGUGUUGUUGGAAAUAAACUCUUUGAAAUUG